UUAGCGGGAGCUCGGAAACGGGGCGAGGCGCGCGACCGAACAGGAACGUGGACGGCGGCUUCCCGCGCAUCGCCCCGCCCCUCGCUCACGCGCUCAGGCCCCGCCCCUCGCGGGCCGGCCCGUUCAGCGCCCGCCCCUCCCCUCCCGUCCGUGCUGCGGCUGCGGGUGUGUGUGUGUGUGUGUGUGAGGGCGGCCGGGUCCUUCGCUCCCCUGCCCAGUGGCCGCCGCCGAGAGCGGCCCCCUGCGCGGCGCGGCCAUGUGCGAGCCCCGCAAGCAGGACAUUGUCGCCAUCUUCAAGCGGCUCCGCGCCGCCCCCACCAACAAGGUGUGUUUUGACUGUGGAGCCAAAAAUCCUAGCUGGGCAAGCAUAACAUACGGUGUUUUUCUUUGUAUUGAUUGCUCAGGGACCCAUCGAUCACUUGGUGUUCACUUGAGUUUCAUUCGAUCUACGGAAUUAGAUUCCAACUGGUCUUGGUUUCAGUUGAGAUGCAUGCAAAUAGGAGGAAAUGCUAAUGCCUCUGCAUUUUUCCAACAACAUGGGUGCACAACAAAUGAUACCAAUGCCAAGUACAAUAGUCGUGGUGCGCAACUUUACAGGGAAAAGAUUAAAUAUCUUGCAACACAAGCAACAAGGAAGCAUGGUACUGAUUUGUGGAUCGAUGGCUGCGGAAUUCCGCCUGUGUCACCCCAGCAAAAAGAGGAGGAUUUUUUUGCAUCACAUGCUUCUCUGAAGGUGAGUAGCACAGAAUGGGCAUCAUCAGAACUGGAGCCAGUUUUUCAAAAGGAGGGGUCUUCAGAAAUCAUUCCAGAAUCUAAUGAAGGUGAACCAGACCAUGGACCAAGUGUUGAUUGCCUUAGUGUCUCACCAAAAGCUGCAUUAGCCGAGUUGCUGAAUUUAGAUGCUGCAGGCAUCGCACCUAACAAAGAGGGCACCUCCAUUAUGAAAAAGAAGCCAAAUCAAGCUAAAAAGGGGCUUGGUGCCAAAAAAGGUGGCUUGGGAGCCCAGAAAGUGAGCAGCAAGAGUUUUAAUGAGAUUGAAAAGCAAGCACAAGCUGUAGAUAAAAUGAAGGAACAGGAAGAUCUACAUGUCAGUAAGAGAACUGAGAGGGAAGAACCAUUUGUAUCAUCUUUACGAUUGGCCUACAAGGAUCUUGAAAUUCAAAUGAAAGAAGAAAAGUUAAAUAUAGCUGGUAAAAAGAAAACUGAGGUAGACAGACUUGGCAUGGGAUUUGGCAGCAACAGAAGUGGCAUUUCCCAUUCAGUAAUCUCAGACAUGCAAAUGAUAGAACAAGAAACACCCACAACUGCAAAACCAAGAAAAAAAUACAAUGAUGAAGAUGAUUCAUAUUUUUCUUCCCCUAGUUCAAGGUACUUUGAUUCUGCAGAGUUGAGGAGCAGCACUUUUUCUAAAUGGGAAGACAAUACAGAUUCCUUUUGGAAGAAAGAGAACAGUAACAGAGACACUGACACAUUUCUGACUUCAAAAAUUACAGACUAUGCAGACAGGCCUACAUCUCGUCGUAAACCUGAAUACGAGCCACCUUUAAGCACAGAUGAGGCACAAAAAAAAUUUGGCAAUGUCAAAGCUAUUUCAUCAGAUAUGUAUUUUGGAAAGCAAGACCAUGCUGAUUAUGAAGCUAGGGCUCGUCUAGAGAGACUUUCUGCAAGUUCCUCCAUAAGUUCAGCCGACUUGUUUGAAGAGCAAAAGAAGCAACCAGCAGGAAAUUACAGUAUUGCAAAUGUCUUGCCUUCAGCUCCUGAUAUGGCUCAGUUUAAACAAGGAGUGAAAUCAGUGGCUGGAAAACUUUCUGUUCUUGCUAAUGGAGUCAUGACUUCUAUACAGGAUCGAUAUAGUUCUUAACCGGUUGCAUAUCAAAAUAAUUGAGUACACUAAAGAAGAAUUUCUCUCCAGAUAUGCCAGUGAUCACAUUGCUGAUUGAAAUGAAGGCUGCCUUAAGGCUCUAGAAUAUUUUGCAAGUUGUUUUGCCAUUUUUGUUUACCAUGUUACUUUCUGGUUCUUGGAAUUUUUUGACUGUCAUUUUAUUUUUAUGUAGCAAAAACCUUGUAGUAACCUGUUACAUCACUUAUGCUUUUGUUCCUUUAUAGUGUUGUAUCUUCCAAUGUCCUAAGUGUUACAUACAGUACAUCUCUCCCCGCCCCCCCAAUCCAAGUUGGCUGUAGGGCAGGGAAGAAAAAGGUGGCUAGAUGGAUGUUUUACAUGGAAAGAUGAGAUUACUGAUCUGAAUCUGUGCAUCUGUAGUCAUAAACCUCAGGUGCCACAUGUAUACAUAGUUUGUCUGCUGACAGUUUUUGUGUCCUGUAGAAAUGAAAUCUUAAUUUAAAAAAAUCAUACAUUGAAAUGGUAUUUAGUGUAUUAUAGCAAAAUAUAGGGCUUGAUUUGGACCUUUGCUUGUCAGGAACUAGAAGCUCUUGAAAUUCAUGUUGUUUAGCAUUAAAAUGACAAGGGAAUAUUACCUUUAGAGCAUUAUUUCCUCUAGAAAAUAUUUUGUUUAGGGUGAGGUAUGAGAUAUAUAAAUACUCAGAGUAUGUAAGGUAACAAACUUAAUUUUGUCAUGGGAUCUAUCUAUUUAUAACUUUGAGAAUUAUUAAAAAAUUGCAAUGUAGUCUCCUUAAGUGCUUUUAAACAAUCAGUAUCGUGUACAAAAUGAACAAAAUUCAAGUAUACAUAAUUAUAGGGACAAAUAGAGUAGUUUAAUUGACUAUUUAGUUUUGUUAAAUAUUUUUAGAACAAUCUUAGUUUUUUGAUAACUUACGAAAUAUGUGAAUAAGAAAAUAUAGUGGGGUUGUGUUUUAGACAGCCUGGAAUUUGCCAUUGACAAAGUAUAUUGCAAAUUUUGUGGAUCUAAAAAAAGCCCAAAAUGAGUUUCCAACUGAUUCUGUUCUAUAACUUUAUUUAAACAAAUCUCAAAUUUGUAAACUGAUAAUACCUAAUAAAAACAAUUGAAAUCA